UCGAUAUUAUAUAUAGAGAGUCGUUCGAAACGAAACGUUCAAGCGCGUUACGUAAAUGACUUACAUUCUCGGCGCAAUAUUUCUUACUCUUGACCGUCAUGAAGCAUGGCGUUGCUUUCCGCAAAUUCUCGCGGUCAACAUCCCACAGAAUGCUUAUGCUUCGGAAUUUGGUCACUUCCCUUUUCGAGCAUGAGCAGAUAAAAACAACUCUCCCGAAGGCGAGAGAUACCGCAAGGCUAGCGGAAAAGAUCAUCACGCUGGGCAAGAAAGGGGACCGGUCAGCCCAAGCAAGAGCAUCUGCCUUUCUGUUAAAGCCCGAGGUCUUGCCUAAACUCUUCGGAACAUUUGCCAGUCGCUAUGCUGAACGGCCCGGCGGGUAUACCAGAAUACACAAGUUUGGGAACCGACCAGGCGACAAUGCCCCAGUCGCAAUUCUAGAGCUUGUUGACAAUCACAAAGACCUUCGAUGGGAAAUCACUGCUCGUGCAAUAGGACGGGAAAUUUUGCAGGACAAGCUACGUGCAGAGAAACCAUUGGACCUUAUCAAAACUGGCGUCCACGGCACUCAGAACGUUAUAGAAUCCGAGAGGGCCUUGGAAUAUGGCCAAAAUGGGUUGUUACGCCCAAAGACUCGGUGGAAUAUGCAGAAAAUGCUGCGUUUCCGAAAUCAGGAUGCCGUUUCUCAACUGAGCCGAAAUGUUGGAAACUAUAUUGACCACUUAAUGGCUACUCCGAUAUCCAUGAAAAAUCUUCAUGAUCGGGAGAGGAGGAAAACCGUCACAGGCGAAUUUGCAUUGCGAGCAGGUCAAAGUGCACCUGGUGACCCUCGGAGCGUUCUUGACCUCUCUCAAGGCAGACUUGGUAUUCAGCGGCCUCCAACUGCAGGACCAGUUCUCACUGCGAACUACAUAUUUGGACGGAAGCCUAAGAAAACAUAAUAUCAAAUGGUAGCAUAUUCACACUUUCUCCCAUAUAUAAUCUCGUCCUUACAACAUGUGUGGGAUAUAAACAAUCUACUAUGUGUUCAUCCUCAUCAAAUGAACCAGGUUUCACACCAUCAAUCCCAAUCAACUACGAAUCGAAAAACCAA